AGCAGGUCAAUAAAACUCGGGCAGAAUGACAGUGACAGCUGCCUUGUGGCAUUCAGAGGGAAUUGAGCAGUUAGCUCUGUUUGGGAGCCUCAGGGACCCGUAUAUCAUUACAAACUGGCUGCACAGAGAAAAGCCACGUAAGACACACUCGGGCCAGCACGAUGUGCUUGAACUGUGCGGAGACCCUCUAAGGACACCUCAAGGCCCAGCAGAGCCUCUACCACCAGCCUUCUUCAUGCUGUGACCUCCUAGCCACAACUCUGCUGUCUCCUCUGCUGGCCCUGGCUGCAACAGCCUGGCUUUAGCUGCUGGGGCAGGACGAGCUCCCAACCUUGAAGGAAGCAGAGAAGGACGACAGGACAGGCAGACGCGAUGGGGGCUGGGAAGUCCAGGGCCAGCACCAAGGACAAGGACCCAAAGAGGAUGCUGCUGUCGAAGAGGAAGAAGUUUUCCUCCUGGGAUGACACCCUGCUCUCGGGCAAGGACCCGCGGUCCCUGCUGAAGCGAGGCAUGUGCCACGUCAGCUUCAGCCUGGUCACCAAAGGGAUGACGGAUGUCCCCGACUUCCUGUGGGGCUUGGCUGAGGUCCAGAAACUCAACCUGUCCCACAACCAGCUGCGGGUCCUCCCUGCCGAGGUGGGGAGGCUGACCCAGAUUGUGGUCCUGAACCUGUGCGGGAACCGACUCAAGAGUCUGCCCCGGGAGAUCAGCCGCCUGCAGAGCCUCAAGGUGCUGUUCGCCAACAUGAACUGCCUGGCGGAGGUGCCCGCCGAGCUCAGCCUCUGCAGGAGCCUGGAGGUGCUGAGUCUGUCUCACAACUGCCUAUCCCAGCUGCCUGCCAGCCUGGCUGAUCUCUCCAGGCUCCGGAAGCUGAACCUCAGCCACAACAACUUCAUGCACAUCCCCAUCUGCGUGUUCUCCUUGAAGGAGCUGGAUUUCCUGCACGUGGGCUCCAACCGCCUGGAGAACGUGGCGGAGAGCAUCCAGUGCCUGGCCAGCCUGCAGAUCUUUAUCGCGGAGAACAACAACAUCCACUCCUUCCCCAGGUCACUGUGCCUCGUCUCCAGCCUGGAACUGCUGAACCUGAACAACAACGACAUCCAGACCCUGCCCAGCGAGCUCUACCUGCUGCACAGGCUGGGGAGGAUCGCGUGGAACCCCAUGGACAAGGGGCUCCACAUUUCCCGAAACCCACUCUCCAAGCCACUGCCCGAGCUGGUGGAGGGUGGCCUGGAGAUGCUCUUCAGCUACUUGAAGGAGAAAAAGCACAACUGAUGCGGACACGUGGGCCCUGGACAGGAGCUGGCUCCUCCCCACACCCCCGAACCCUGGGGCUGGGCUGGUCUCCUCUAAGCUGGUGCGCAGGCUCCCAGCGUGAGUCAGGGUUUUGUUUCCGUUGGCUAAAUCAUCGUUGCUCGUGGGUCUGUGGAAGGCGCUUGCUUUUAACUCUGUGUGUCCUCAGUGAUCUUAAGGCUAGCAUGUUUGUCUCAUUCUAAACAGACGCCGAAGCAGGCUUUUGGCUUUUGCCAAAGAGAACGAGUUGCUCUAACUCUUGUGAGGAGCAGUGGUCGGGUGAGGCAUCUGAAUUCAAUGUUAUUUGAGAGUCAGAUAUUUAAUAAGUGUGUAUUGUGUGCCCAGGAUGGUGUGAAGCAUAGGAAGCACCUACCCUUGAAUUGGAGGUAACCUAUAGACAGCUGGCAAUGCAGGGCAAGUUCUAUCCCAGUCGCUAUGGAGGAUCCUUGGGACCAGAGGGCAAGAUGGAGCCAAGGAUGGAGCCUCUUGCCAAGGACCAAAGGAGGAAGAGCUUUUUUCUUGGGGUUCUGGGGGAACAGCAAUAGGAGUUUUUCUUUUUAAAAUGCCCACAGGAUAAGGAUCAGGCUGCUCACUGUGAGUCUGGCGGUCUCAGGAGUGGCAUGGUGGUUUCAGAUAAUAAAGACACACUGACGUU